AGCAGCACGAGAGAGGUAAGGGUUAUCGAGGUUAGCAAUUUCAUCUGCUAUUAUUGUCCUUGUCCGUAAUCCUUCGUUGGCUGAUUUCAUCACGAUAACAUCACGUCUCUGUUUUUCUUAAAGUUCCGCAAGGCUGUAAUCAUGCGAAUUUUGAGUCGCUGUUACUUCGCCUUCGUGUGUCUCUUAUGUAUCGUCGAGUUUACCGCAAAAUCAGGAGCUGCGUCCGCACACAUACACACGCAAUACGCUAAGCACAAGAACGGCGGCAGCAGGGAAAGUCCUCGAGCGAGUAGCCACUACGCUGGGGGCGAGCAUCACCAGGAGUUCGAUCAUGAGGCUAUUCUCGGUAGCGUCAAGGAAGCUGAAGAGUUUGAUAAACUUCCAAUUAAAGAAUCAAAAAGGCGAUUGCGUAUUUUAUUAACAAAAAUGGAUUUAAAUAAAGACGAAUAUAUUGAGCGGAAUGAAUUGAAAGCAUGGAUUUUACGUUCACUCGCAAUGUUGUCCGAUAAAGAAUCUAAAGAUAGAUUAGAAGAUGUCGAUGCUGAUGAAGAUGGUAGAGUGACCUGGUCCGAAAUUUUACAAGAUACUUGUGGAUCUGAUCCAGAAGAUUUAGCUGCGGAUGAUUCACUAAUUGCAAAUGAUAAAGAGACUUUUCAAGAAGCUGACCAGAAUAAAGAUGGCUAUUUAGAUACGGAUGAAUUUAAAGCAUAUACUCAUCCCGAAGAAACUCCUAGAAUGCUAGAUCUUAUUUUAAAACAAACAUUUAAUGAAUAUGACAAGAAUGGAGAUUCUUACAUUAAUUUUCAAGAAUUUUUAGGGGAUAGAGCGGAAGGACAGAAUAAAGAAUGGCUUAUUGUUGAAAAAGAUAAAUUUGAUCGUGUUUAUGAUAGAAAUGGUGAUGGUAAAUUAAAUAUCACUGAAGUACAUACUUGGCUAUUCCCAAGGAAUGAGGACAUUACGAAUGAUGAAGUGGAUCAUUUAUUCGCAGCUUCUGACGAUGAUCAUGACGAUAGAUUAUCAUUUGAUGAAAUUUUGGACCAUUAUGAUAUUUUCGUAGGUAGUGAAGCGACUGACUACGGGGACCAUUUACAGGAUAUCGAACAUUUCCAAGAUGAGCUUUGAGAAUCAGUAACGAACCAAACGUUAUUAAUACUUUCCAACUAUUACAAAUUUCGCUACAACAACAA